AUGUUUUUGCUGUGUUGCUUGUUGUGUUUUCUCGGGAUGCGAUGGGAGACACAAGCAGCUGAAGAAGCUAAAGAAACUGAACAAACUAGAGAAGCUGAAGAAGCUGAAGAAGGUGGAGAAGCUGAAGACGAGGCCUACGGCGAGGAAUGGCAGGAUUGGGAGGAUGAUUGGGAAGGAGAAGGAGCAGAGUCCGAGGCGGAUGGAGAAGAGUGGCAGGAGUACGAGGGAGAGUUCGCAGCGGCGGAGGUCAACGGGAACUACGGCUGCAGAGUUCAAACAGGGCUGGAGGUGCACAAUGCUAGCGCGGAGGAAGAGAGCCACAGCGGAGCAUCUACCGCGACGAUUUUUGGAUCCGGAGCUGGUGGAGAGACGCCAGGUGGAGCUCGCAUCGUUGUGCGCAAUCACAGCUACAAGCAGCUAGCUGGCAAGGUGCUUGGAGAUGCGGAUGCCUUGAUGGCGCCGAUCCACAGUCGUUCAGCAGCAGGAAAUUUGCAUGUCAGAGCUGGCUUACAAAAAUAG